UAAGCUUAUUCUAGUCCACAACAAUUCUCUUCCUCCAUGGCUUCCGUCUCCUCCUUACCCGCCUUCGCCAUCUCCGACUACCGCACCCGCAGCCGCGUCCCCGCCCGAAGCCGAUCCUCUCCGAACUCCGGAAUUUCCGGUCCCGGCGCCGGUCUAGAUAGCCUCGGCCGUGCCGCCGCCUCUUGCCGCCGCUUGAAUCCGUGGCACCGCCGCGGUGAUUGGAAUCUCGGCCCGGUCCGGGCGGAAUCGCAUGAUGUCAAGAAGACGGAGCGGGAACCGAUGGUCCCCCCUUAUAAUGUACUCAUCACGGGUUCGACCAAAGGAAUUGGAUAUGCACUUGCAAGGGAAUUUCUAAAGGCAGGUGAUAAUGUCUUAAUAUGCUCAAGAUCAGUUGAACGUGUUGAAUCAGCAAUUCAGAGCUUGCGCAAGGAAUUCGGAGAGCAUCGUGUGUGGGGAACUGCAUGUGAUGUCAGAGUAGCAAAGGAUGUCAAAGCUCUGGUUGCUUUUGCACGUGAAACAAUUGGUUACAUUGAUAUAUGGAUUAACAAUGCUGGAUCAAAUGCAUACAGUUUCAAACCAUUGGCUGAAACUUCUGAUGAGGAUCUUAUGGAAGUUGUCACCACAAAUACUCUUGGUUUGAUGAUUUGUUGCCGUGAGGCAAUAAACAUGAUGCUAAACCAGCCUCGAGGUGGUCAUAUAUUCAACAUUGAUGGAGCAGGUUCAGAUGGAAGGCCAACACCACGAUUUGCUGCAUAUGGUGCAACCAAGCGCAGUGUUGUGCACCUUACAAAGUCCUUGCAGGCAGAGUUGCAGAUGCAAGAAGUGAAAAAUGUUAUGGUGCACAACCUGUCGCCUGGUAUGGUAACUACUGAUCUUCUUAUGUCCGGAGCCACAACAAAACAGGCCAAAUUUUUUAUCAAUAUAUUAGCCGAGCCGCCUGAUGUGGUUGCUGCAUUCCUUGUUCCAUCCAUCAGAUCAGUCCCUAGCAGUCAAUCCAUGAAGCCCACCUACAUUCGAUUUCUCACGGGCUUCAAAGCUUACUCCCAAAUCUUUUCAAGACUUGCUUUCGGUGCACGACGGAACAGAUAUCUCGUCGAAGAUUGAAUGACUUGGCUAGCUUGUAGGUUAUAAUUUUGUGACAAAAAGCUUUUAAAAUCUGUAAUGCAACAUCCUUUCGUGAAGGAUUCCGAAGUACGCUAACCAUUUAUUUUGAUUGAGUAAACUAUUGUUUGUGCUGCUUGAAGGUGCCCUUACCGAUCUGUCGGCGUAAAAAGAACAAGUAGCGGAACUGCACACUUCUGCAAUUGUUUGAUUCGGUAAAGUAUUUGAAUUUGCAAAAUACUUUGAAAGCCAAAUCAAUGCAAGUGUACCAGCAUCUUGUAGGGAGAUUUCUCUAACCCCAAGCUUAAGAAUGAUCCUCUCAGGGAAAAAGCAGCACCUCAGUAUCUAAAAUGUAAAUUCCCAGUGUUCAUGUCAAAUCAAUGUAAGUACUCUGUUUACAAAAGUUAGGUUUGGUGAGUGAUGG